UAAAACAAUUGUGAUGAUAAGACUAAUAAUACAAAACAGCAGCAAUAUAAAAAGUAAUUUUCUAAAAUGAGCUCAGUGCGCCAUAGAUUUAGUACAAAAAAGAGGUGGUCCUUAACAAUCGCGAUGUUUUAUUGCAUAGAUCAACAAAAAGCAAAAAAAAGUUUAUUGAACACUUAUAAGAAUCCUCCUUGUCAUUGUCAAACCGUCAAACUGGAAACUGAAUAUAAAAUCGCAUCAGCUGGUAUUUUCAAAGCGAGCUAUCUACUCAAUUUGUAUUGGUAAAAAUGCCGAUCACGUGUGCAAUGGGUACAAGCGGAGGAAAGGGUAAUAAAGGAAUGUUUAUUGAAAGAGAUAAAAAUGUAUGUGCAGCUGGACUUCCAACUGCUCAACCAGAACAGUCAGUAAAAAACAAUUUGGAGCAUUACCUUAUGCAAGAAGAAGUUGAUGCCCUAAUUGGUGAUGCUAUUAAACCAUCUCCAAAGGUUAUCUCUUUACCACCAUUAAGACGACCUAUGCCUCGUGACAUGAGGUUUGCUGGAAGUUUUAGUGAUGGAUCUCUUUUGAUUAAUCCACCAACGAAAUCUAAAUUUCAAACUGCUAUAGAUGACAUAAAAGAAUCUUGCUAUGAAUCAUACUGGAACAAACAGCUUGGUAAAAACCGUGAUCCUACUCCUUUUCUACCAUUUGGUUACGACUUAUAUGGAACAACGGCCGGAAAGAAAACUGAUUAUAAAGAAACAUUAUAUGACGUCGUAAUGCCUAAAAAUCCUAUUCCAGGCGACCUACCUCGUAAUAAACACGUUGCUUAUCAAAAAGAUCGAAACUAUUGUUCAUCAUCUUUUAACCCCAACACAGUAUUUGGUAUGAGAUCAAAUAUUGAUAAAAGAGGUCGGAACAUGAAAUGUUGUCUAUUGGAUGAUAGAAUUCCACUUGGAACUAGUGUUGCUAAGCCAAUGAAUACUUUACAAGCUAACUUAGUUAAUAAUAAAGUUAAAUUGGGUGUUAGUGUUGCCCCAAACGAUAAUAUUAGCCGUGUUCCAAAAGGUUUUGCUUUUGGUAAGUCAACCGAACUAAAUCCUAAUGAAAGUGCUGCCAGAUGUCUAACACUAUGUGAUUUUAACCCAGACCGCAUAUUUUUUUAAAAAUGUCUCGCACACCUUAAUUCUGUAAGAAAAUGUAUAAGUAAGCGUUUUGAUAAUAGUUUUUUUAAUAAGUUAUACUUAAACCUGAAAUACUUUGAUAAAGAAGGUAAGGGUUGGUUACCGAAAGAAUUAGUAUAUAAUUAUUGUGCAACCAAAUAUAUACGAUUUGAUGCUACAUUGAUUGAACCAUUGUUAUCAGCUUGGAAAGCCUUUGAUGGAAUUAAAGUUGAAUAUAAAAUCUUUGUUUCCAUCCUAAAUUUUACCCAAAUCCCUCCAGAACUACCAAAAGUUGAGGAUAUCCCUGAUAAAUGUAUUGAUUUUAGUACAACUUACCGCGAAAUGGUUAAACCCGGUCAAGAUGUUGAUAUAAAAGAUAGAGCUGGGUUACCAACUGGAAGGUAUUUCGAUGAAGAUUACCCAGUAACGCCUGAUGGAUAUUGUAAGGCUGAUACAUCGUACCUGCCUGAUGAAACUGAUGCAAGAGCAUGUCUGAAUCCUAGUCUCUUCACUAAUUUAGGCAUAAGCCACCGGGAAAUGUAUGCUAAACGAGAGCCACACGUUAUUAAAAGAGUUUUCGAAGCCACCGGUGAACGUUUCACAGCUGAAGAAUUUAAUUUAAUUUGGCAAACUGCUGAAAAAUAUCAUUCAAAAAAAUAUGUUUGCUACGAGACUUUUUAUCGUGCUCUUAGAGCAGUACAGUCACAGAAUGUUAAUAACUAG